UGGUCAACUUUUUGUCAUACAUGGAAGCUUGCAUUUGGCCUACACUGUAAUCCCACUAGGGAAAUAUAAAAAUAUACAUUACAGCAUUUAUCUGGGUUUUUUUUAUUCUUUAAAAAAAUAAAAUUAGAUUUUUGCAUGUGUUACCACAACUUGUUGCCCCACUUCUUGUAUUGUUUUUUCCAUAUGAUUUAAAGAUAUAAUGAAUACUGAAAUAUUUAGAUAAUUUAACAGCCAAAUUCUGUUAAUUAUUUCUUAUACUUUGUAUUCAAGGGUCAAGGCAUCCUUCAUUAGAAUGCACUAACUACCACAGCUCAAAUGUAUAUCUAUGAUAUUCUCGAUCGAUUUUACUGAUUUUAGAAGGACAUUAUGUCUUUUUAAAAAGGGCACAGAUAAUGGUUUUUCUAUUGUCUUUGCAGAAACUAAAAAUAUUAGAUGUGGCAACAUGGCUGAUGAUCCUCAUCUUAUAAAAGAAGGAUGGUUGAUGAAAAGAGGAGAAUACAUUAAAACAUGGCGACCAAGAUAUUUCCGGCUGUUCAGUGAUGGAUCUUUCCUUGGCUAUAGAGAAAAACUUGAUGAUUACAAUGUUGAACCUGAGAAUGAUUUUUCCGUUAAACGUUGCCAAAUUAUGAAAACUGGAAAACAAAAAAUGUUCUCGUUUGUUAUAAGAUGUUUCCAACUAUCUGUUGUUAUUGAAAGAACGUUUGCAGUUGAUACAAGUGUGGAAAGAGAACUUUGGAUAACAUCUAUAGAAAAUGUGUCUGCAAAUGUUAUUGCAAGGACCAAGUUAAGACAAGGAAGUAAUAAAACACACACAAAGUACUCCUUGUACAAACCAACAAUGACUGUGGAAGAUUUUGAAUUAUUGAAGGUUCUUGGUAAAGGUACAUUUGGAAAGGUAAUGAUGGUAAAAGAGAAGGAGACAGGCAAAAUAUUUGCCAUGAAACUGUUAAGAAAAGAUGUGAUUCUUGAGAAAGGAGAGGUAGAGCAUACAUUAACGGAAAAUAGGGUGUUGCAAUCUGCAAAGCAUCCAUUUUUAACAGAAUUAAAAUAUUCCUUUCAAACAACAGACAGAUUGGUGUUCGUAAUGGAAUAUGUCAAAGGUGGUGAGCUUUUUUAUCACUUGUCGAAGGAAAAGAGAUUUUCAGUAGCCAGGUCAAGAUUCUAUGCUGCAGAAAUAACGUUAGCAUUGAAGUAUUUACAUGAAAAUAAAAUUAUAUACAGAGAUAUGAAGCUUGAAAACCUGCUUCUCGAUGAGCAUGGUCAUAUCAAAAUCACAGAUUUUGGACUGUGCAAAGAAGAAAUUUCAUUUUCCGACACAACCAAAACAUUUUGUGGCACACCAGAAUAUCUAGCACCAGAGGUGCUGGAAGAUCAUGAUUACGGACUAGCUGUUGAUUGGUGGGGAUUUGGUGUUGUGUUAUAUGAAAUGUUACUUGGUCGUCUUCCAUUUUUUUCGAGAAAUCAUGAAGGGUUAUUUGAAAUGAUUCUAACUAAACCUGUGCAAUAUCCAUUGAACAUAGAUCUAGAUGCGAAAAGUAUCAUAGAUGGAUUACUUGAAAAGAAUCCUAAAAAAAGACUUGGUGGAAGUAUCCGCGAUGCUGAAGAAGUGAUGGAACAUGCGUUCUUCACACUCAUCUCAUGGAAUGAUAUUUUUCAAAAGAAGAUUCCACCUCCGUUUAAACCUUUAAUAUCAAGCGAGACAGAUUCGCAAAACUUUUCCUGUGAAUUUACUGAUUUGGAUCCAAAGCUUUCCAUUUCAAGAGAUUCGACGCCAGAAAAGAAAGUUGAGCAAGAACCACCCGCUGUCACACAAGAACGGAAGAAGUUUUCAACUAAUGAAAUAUCUGUCGACUCAACAUCCACUAAGUCACGUCAGGAAAGCAAAAAAUAUUCUAUCACACCAAGUGGCAGUUCAAAGUCGUUAUCCGGCAGUAAAAAAGAAAAGAAAGCAAAACAAAAAAUGAAACUUGUUAGUACAGUGUAAAUGCGAGAGUCUGCUUCAGGCUGAAAAGCUCGGCGCACGGCAAUUUUAGUUAACAUUUUGACUUCAGUUUUACUUUCAAAAUAGUCAGCGCAGUUCUUAAUGCGAAAGUGCUUUGCUUCGCGUUCUGAGUUGAAGAUCGAAGUGGACAUUGGUUUUUAGUGCAUAGACAUUUUUCCCAAAUAACAAUAAAAUUAAAUGUGUUUAUAGGAGAUUAUUCGCUGCUGGCGUGGGCGUUGAUUUUAUUUAGAGGCCUUUUAUUUAACUUCUCUUCUAAUUAAAUUUUUUUCCGCCCAAAAAUUUUAAAAUAAAUAUAAUUUAAUUCUCCAAGAAUUUUUUUACCGUGGAAAAGCCACUUUACUCCUCCGCUUGUGUUUGGUGUGCACAACACUGCGUUUCUUCCCAUGUGGAAGCACUCCCGCGGUAGUGACAUGGGUGCAGUGGACAAAAAAAGGCACUCAUACCAAAUAAAUCUGCAAAGUUUAAUGUUUUACAAAAAGAACAAAAAAUGUCUAAUUGACUCGACCACUUUUGUUUGAGUUAGUGUUGCCGUUUUCUUGUUCGCCAUUAAUUUUUGCGCAUUUUAUCGUCGUCAAUAUUGUUAUUAAUGUCGCAAUGUCACUUUAGUGGUUGUGUUUUGUCGUCGUCAUUAUCUCUGACGACGCCUUUUGUCGUCCUUGUUGUUCUAUCGUUUUCAUUAUUACGACGUCGAUUUUGUCGUCAUUAUCGAGUGUCAAUGUUCUUACUGUCGUCUUCAAUUUUUCGUCGUAGUAAUUUUUGUUUUUGUUCUUUAAUUAUUACUAAGUACAACAAUAUUUAUGUACAUACUUGGAUUUUUACCAAACAAAUGGUACGGAAAUUAUUUAUGGUGAAAGAAAUAUUUUUUAACUUUAUUUUAAUGGACAGAGGGUUACUUUUUUUUUAUCAGAAAAAUUUAAUAAUUUUUGUAAAGAAUUAUAAAGAACAGGGUUUUACUUAAUUUUUUAUUUAUCUAAAACUAAACUUUUAUUUAAUGGUGACAGGAGAGUAUAUUAUUUAUUAUAUUUUAUACUUUACAUAUAUAUUAUAUUUUUUUACUACUUUUUCUAUUUGUUUGUUUUGGUUUGUAUUUAUUUAUAUGGUUUAUAUAUGGUUUAUAUGGUUUCGGUUUUUUUAUUUUUUCUUUGUUUUUUUCCUCAACUGAACUUUUGCGAAAUCGACGUGCGUCAUGUUGAAAUCGACGUGCGUCAUGUUGAAAUAUAUCCUCUUUGAAUUUGGAACAAUAAAAUAAAAAAAACGCGCCUUGCAAAUCAAACUAUUUUUUUGUUGAACAAUCGUUUGUUAAAAAAUUUCAAAUAAAAAGAUGUUUGCACGAAGGAAAAAAUGCAAAAUUGUGGUUUGUUACUAUAUGUUUGAGAUUUAAAGCGGGAAUUUCUACCAAACUUCUUUGUUGCGUUGUUGGAAAAGCCAGUCGGACACAUUAAGGGUGGUGGACACCUGUCAGGAAUCUCAAGAACUGAGAUUAUAGACGAAAUUUCAGGGAUUGUUAAAUUAUAUGCAAAUUGUCAACAAUUUGGUCUUUUGGAAAAUGGUAUAGAUGGUCAAUAUAUUAUGAUGGAUAUUUAUAGACCUUGCUAUUUUUGCUUUUACAGCUUUAAAAGUGAGUUUCCACUGAAAGCUACGUAUCAUCGUCAAUUUUUUCGCUACGGGAAAAUUUUUUGUCUCAAAUAACCCAUUGGAAACACUUGUUGUGAUGUAUCCA